AUGUCACAAAAUAUUUCAAAUGACUCAAAUUCAGCGGAAAUUAACGUAGUAUUGACAAAUUUCCAAGGUCUUCAAUACGAUGCCAAUGAAGAUACAGAGUACGAAGUUAUUGCUUCCUACGUAAACAGUAUUUUGAGCAAUGAUCGCAUCAGAAUAAAUCAUAAAUCACACAAACCAGAAAUCAUCAUUAAAAUUCCAAUUGAUACAGCAGAUGAUGAUGAGAUAUCCAAUCUAUUUUUGAAUACUUUAUUGCUUACUCUUACUAAGCAUGAAGAUGGAAUGAAUGAGGCUAUUGGAUACUGCAAUAUUGAUUUAUCAAGCUUAUGUUCUAUUAAAUGUGAGAGCUUUAAAAGCCACAAACAAAUUAAUUCGGAGAAAAUAACGCGGAAAAUAUCAUUUGAUGUAAAGGCUUUCACUGAUGUUCCAUUACUCAAAACCAACUAUGAAAAUUGUCUCUAUUUUGUAUUGGAAUCAAUUUGUGGGCAUUAUUUUGAAAAUGAUAUGAAUAGAGAAAUUUUAAUUGCAAUUAAUGCUCCAUUUAAGGCUUCAAAAACAGCUUUAUUUAAAUUGAGUUCAUGCGAACUACAAAAAGGAGUUAAUUUGAAUGCAGUUUUUAAAUCGGUUAUUUUAACCAGUGAGGCUUCUUUGUCAUUGCAUGAUGACAUUCGGGCAUUCAAGAAUGUUUCAAUAGAAUUAUUAAUAAACAGCAACGAGCAUUUAUUUGGGUCUAUUAAUUGUGAAGAACUACUUUAUGUUGGACGAACGACAAUCCGUAAUGUUGUUCCUUUAUACCGAUUUGAUAAUGAUGUAUUUAUAGGGUGCUUCCAACGCAACAGUAUAUUCUACACACCAAAAUCGCAGUCGCUGGCAAAAAACAAAAGAAUUUCUAGGAAAAAGGAUGAUAUUCAUCAUGAAUCAGAUAAAUUGCUAGAGGAUAUAAAAGCAUUGAAUAAUGAAGGUAAUCAAAUCACCGCUGUUGUUCGAAUGGAAUUAGAAAAGCCUUUGAAUACAGAAAUACCAUAUGAAGUAUGUAUGCAUUCAUAUACAAAGGGUUAUGACAAACUUUCGAGUAAAAAUAUCUUAAUUAGUGAUAUGAAAAAUGAGCUUUUAUGCAGCGGAUUCUCCUUGGAAACUGAAUUUUCAAUUACAUCCAAAAUAACAGUUCUAUUAGAUCAAACUUGCUUUAAUGAUGAAACUUUUUCAUGUAACAUAACAUCAGAAAUUAAUAAUUCGAAGAAUCAAUGCAGCGAGCAGCAUAAAUUCAUUUUGACUGAUGUUUAUAAAUCACUGGAUAUGAUUGACAAGUCUGAAGAUAUUUUCCUGCAUGAUAUACACAAAAACGAUACAGCCUGGCUGGACUACGCAAUUUUCAAUGCAAAACAGGAAGAGUUUGACAAGGUGUCAAUAGCUGUAGAUGAACAGCUCAAUAUAAAUCCACAAUCAUUGAUUUCAAAUAUUCUUAAGGCUUAUUUACUUUUCAAAUCGCAAAAAUAUCCAGCCAGUCUGAAUCUUUUGAGCCAUCUAAAAGCAAUAUACGGUGAAAUUGAAGAGUUAUGCAUCAUGCAAUAUGUGAUUAAUGCUAUGCUCGGUUUAGAAAAUGAUCCAGUCAAUAAUAAUUCUAUAAAACAUGAGGAAAUAGAAAGCAUCUACAAUCGUACAGAGCUUUUGUGGUUUGCAUCAACAGAUGACUGCUUCAUUAGUUGGCAAAAUUUAUUCAUCAAAUCAGCAAUUUUCUUCAUCAAAAUUGGAUGUUAUGAAAUUGCUGAACUUUGUCUAGGAGAAUACUAUCAGAAGUAUGGAAUCAAUGUUAAUUACUUGUAUCUUUUGGCAGCCAUUGAUACAUCAAAGGGAAAUUUUAAAGAAGCUUUAUAUCAUUUAAAUAGGAUUUCCGAGAAUGAUGUUGUAAAUCAUAAUGUGAAUUAUUGCAAAAUUGUAAAGUCAAUCAUAUUGAACUUAUUACAUACAAGGAAUUUUAAAAAAGCUGCAGAACUGUUCAACACCUACAUUCAAACUCAAUCAUGUGACAACUUUCUCAUAUUAUAUCUUCUUGGAUCGCAUUUUAAUCGUACUAAUGAGUUUGUUAUUGCCAAAGAAUUUUUAAUUCAAGCUGUUAAACUGUUUCAUUGCCAUCUCGUGUUCCUAGAAUUGGGAAACUGCUUUGUGGGAUUAAAUUUGCUAGAAUUGGCGGAAAAAGCAUUCUUGAAUGCACUUCAGUUUGAAACGAAUGACAUUGACUCAUUAGUGAGUUUAAAAGAAACAUACAAAAUUCAAGGUAGAUACGAUGCUAUAAAUUUUUGUGAUUACAAUAUUCAAUAUAAUAAUAAUAUAAAUAAUAAUGUUCAUUAA